AUGAACUUCAGCAGAGAGGUGGCCCGACAGACCAGUUGUUACACAUACGUGAUAGAGGAUGACGAUCCAGCCCUGGCAAGACUAAAUGUAUUCGAGUUGGCAGAGAAGGGCGACCUGGCUGUGCUGGAGAACCUGGUGAGGAAGAGCCCAGAGGUCCUGAGUGAGAAAGAUGAAUGUGGAGCUAGUCCCCUUCAUCACGCCGCUGCAGGGGACCACGUCACCCUCAUCCAAUUCAUCACCUCUGUCAUAGACUCACAGGAUCUGAACAGCUGUGAUGAGCAGGGCAACGUGCCCCUACACUGGGCAGUGGAGAGGAACAAGGCAGAGAGCUGCAGGGCUCUUCUGGACCUGGGGGCCGAUCCCAACAUCCUCAACAAGGGCCUCCUGGCCCCACUGCACCUGGCUGUCAGCCACGGACACAACAACCUGGUGGAGCUGCUGCUGUCCUACAGUGCUACAGACUGCAAUCUACAGGGAGACCUUGGGAACACCCCUGUGAUACUUGCCUGCUCCAUCAAUAACUGUGAGGCUCUCAGCACAUUGCUAAAGCAUGGAGCGCGGCUUUGCCAACAGAACAAGCUCGGCCAUUUCCCCAUGCAUGCAGCUGCCUUCGCAGGUGCAAAGAAAGCCAUGGAAGUGAUCCUGAUGGCAGGAGAGAAGUUGGGCCACACACUUGAAUCCCACAUCAACUAUGUAGACAAGUCCAGGAGCAGUCCCCUCCAUCUGGCUGUACGUGGCGGGAAUAUCGAGGCAAUCCGUCUCUGCAUUGCUACCGGGGCCAGAGUUGACCAGCAGCAGAAUGACAGAUCCACACCGCUUCAUUUGGCCUGCACCCAGGGGGCUACUGAGGUAGUCAAACUGAUGCUGUCCUCCUUUGACCAAGUGGAAGACAUCAUCAACCUAACUGAUGGAGCGAAUCAGACCCCUCUGCAUAGGGCUACAAUAUUCGACCACACAGAGCUGGCAGAGUACCUCAUUUCUUUGGGUGCAGACCUGAACAGCAUUGAUUGUAAAGGAAACUCUCCUUUGCUGCUUGCUACGAGCUGUGGAGCAUGGAAAACUGUGGCUCUGCUACUGUCAAAGGGGGCAAAUGUCAAUGUUAAAGACAGAUGCGGUUGUAACUUUCUUCACCUGUCCAUUCUCCAGCCCAAGGGCCUUAAAAACCUGCCGGAGGAGGUCCUGCAGCUCAGCAGUGUGAAGGCGCUGCUGAGCUGUGAGGACAACGAGGGAUGCACUCCACUCCACUACGCUUGCCGACUGGGUAUCCAUGACUCAGUGAAGAACAUGCUGGGCCUCUCGGGGCAGGUCGGCCUCGAAUGCAAGUCCAAGGACAAGAAGUCUGCCCUGCACUUUGCUGCUCAGUAUGGACGUUUCAAUACAUGUCAGAGAUUACUGGAGACCAUAACGGACUCUCGUCUGCUAAAUGAAGGCGAUGAGCGAGGCCUGACACCACUGCAUUUGGCUUCAAAAGAGGGCCACACCAAGGUGGUUCAACUGCUGCUGCGCAAAGGAGCUCUCUUUCACAGUGAUUACAAGGGCUGGACUUGUCUGCACCAUGCUGCAUCUGCAGGAUACACACAAACUAUGGACAUUCUCCUGUCGGCCAAUCUCAAGUUACUGGAUAAAACAGAUGAAGAUGGGAACACUGCACUGCACAUCGCAGCAAGAGAGGGACACGUGGCCGCAGUCAAGCUCAUGCUGUCUCGGAGAGCAGAGCUCACAUUAAACAAGAAUGACACGUCGUUCCUCCACGAAGCUCUGCAGAAUGGGAGAAAAGAUGUGGUCAAUGCUGUAAUUGACAGUGACAGAUCUGUUGAGGCUUUGAGCCUGUUCACGCCCGGCUCUGGCCAGCGAUGUCCUAUACUAGACAUGAUUGAGUUUCUUCCUGAGACCUACAAGCACCUGUUGGACUGCUGUGUGACAGAGUCUGAUGAUGAUCACAACAGUCCUGACUAUCAUAUUGAAUACAAUUUCAAGUGGCUCCAAGCCCCUCUUACACAGAUGAAGGAAACUGAGAAGACCCUGCGGGUUCCACCACUAGCUGCACUAAACGCAAUGGUGCAGUAUAACCGCAUUGAACUCCUCAACCACCCUGUCUGCAAAAAGUACCUCGCAAUGAAGUGGUUUGCGUAUGGGAGCACAGCUCAUGUGCUCAACAUGUUCUUGUACCUGUUAGGUCUGCUGCCUCUCACUCACCUGAUAGUGACUCUGAGGCCCAGCAUGAACACCACUGAAACAGGAGAACACACCAUCACCAUGGUGUCCACAUCUUUCAUGAAGCAAAGUCUGUUCGUGACGUUCUGUAUGGUGAUGGUCUUGGUCAUGAACGCCUACUCCAUAGUGAAGGAAGUGGUGCAGAUAUCACAACAGCACUGGAAUUACUUCAAGGAUUAUUCCAACCAGAGUGACUGGUUUUCAGCGAUUUUCUCUCUCCUGUUCAUCAUACCCACCAUGCUCAAUGUCGAAGGUUCUUUACACUGGCAAGCAGGGGCAUUGGCAGUUUUAUCCUCCUGGAUUGGAUUUCUCCUUUAUCUUCAGAGGUUUGAGGGUGUUGGCAUCUACGUUGUAAUGUUUUGGGAGAUCAUGAGGACACUGUUUCGUAUUGUGAUGCUGUUUGUGUAUCUGAUGUUGGCCUUUAGUUUGGCCUUCCACGCACUGAUGCUCAACCAGAAAGAGUUUGACACCGUGCCACUCUCAGUGGUACAAACCUUUGUGAUGAUGGUCGGGGAACUGAACUACCAGAAUAACUUCCUGGAUGCUUUUCUGAAGAAUGAGCUUCCUUUUGAUCUCCUGACUUACAUUAUUUUUGUGCAGUUUGUUCUGCUCAUGCCAAUACUGCUGGUGAACCUGAUGAUCGGUUUAGCAGUUGGAGACAUUGCCGAAGUACAAAGAAAUGCUGCCUUAAAGAGAAUAGGCAUGCAGAUUGAGCUCCACACUGCUCUGGAAGAUAAGCUGCCUUAUUGGUUUAUGAAACGAGUCGACAAACCCUCCCUCGUCAUCUACCCCAAUCGCAACUGCUCCAGGAACUUCAUAAGGCAGUUACUCACAGGAGAGGAGGAGACAAAUGAUGUGUGGAAUCGUCUGCAGGUCAAAUCACAGGCCUGCACUGUGUUGGAGAAUGAGCUCAAAAAGCAGAAGCGCCGGAUGAAAGAGGUGUCGAGCAUGAUGGAGAAGCAGCACAACCUCCUGAAGCUCAUCAUCCAGAAGAUGGAGAUCACCUCAGAGGCGGACGAGUAUGACGGCCCCGUGCACGACAGGGGCCAAAUGUGGCCGAGCCUGAUUAAGGCUAAACCCAGAGGGCACAGCGUGUCACGGUGGGUUCCUCUGAUGAAGGCCAUCGAGUCCAAAAGAAACUGAAGAGCAGGAGAUAAGGUCUCAAC